AGUGACAGUUAACGGUUGUUGAGGAAAGUUCCGGAAGGUUGUUCGCGGUGCAUUGUGGGAUCAGCCGGCUUUGUCAAGGAUCUAAUUGACGUUCAGCAAGAUGAUGCCCACACCAGUUAUCCUGCUCAAAGAGGGCACCGACACCUCCCAAGGGGUGCCUCAACUCCUGAGUAACAUCAGUGCUUGCCAGGUGAUUGCUGAAGCCGUGCGCACAACUCUAGGUCCUCGGGGUAUGGAUAAACUCAUUGUUGAUGACAGAGGUAAAGCAACAAUCUCCAAUGAUGGUGCUACUAUAUUGAAGCUCCUGGAUGUGGUGCAUCCUGCAGGAAAGACCCUAGUGGACAUUGCCAAAUCUCAGGAUGCAGAGGUAGGAGAUGGCACCACCUCUGUGACGUUACUGGCAGCUGAGAUCUUGAAACAGGUGAAGCCUUAUGUUGAGGACGGACUUCAUCCUCAGAUAAUCAUCCGUGCUUUCCGCACAGCAACACAGUUGGCAAUUAGUAAAAUCAAAGAAAUUGCUGUCACUGUGAAGAAGGAGGACAAAGAAGAGCAGCGGCUUAUCCUAGAAAAGUGUGCAGCAACCGCACUGAGCUCUAAGCUGAUUGCAACGCAGAAAGACUUCUUUGCCAAAAUGGUGGUUGAUGCUGUCACGUUAUUGGAUGAUCUGCUACAACUUAAAAUGAUUGGAAUUAAGAAAGUCCAGGGCGGUGCGCUUGAGGAAUCUCAUCUGGUUGCUGGGGUGGCCUUCAAGAAAACCUUUUCCUAUGCUGGAUUUGAAAUGCAGCCCAAGAAAUACGAGUCCCCAAAGAUUGCUCUUCUCAAUAUAGAGCUGGAACUGAAAGCAGAGAAAGAUAAUGCAGAGGUCCGAGUGAAUAAAAUUGAGGACUAUCAAGCGAUUGUAGAUGCUGAAUGGAAUAUUCUGUAUGAUAAACUGGACAAGAUUCACAAGUCUGGAGCUAAAGUCGUCUUGUCCAAGCUGCCAAUUGGGGAUGUAGCUACACAGUACUUUGCAGACAGGGAUCUGUUCUGUGCUGGAAGAGUGCCAGAAGAGGACCUUAAAAGGACCAUGAUGGCCUGUGGAGGAUCCAUCCAGACCAGUGUGAAUGCGUUGACUGAUGAUGUUCUUGGGCAGUGUGCUCUCUUUGAGGAAGCUCAGGUGGGCGGAGAAAGGUAUAACAUCUUUUCUGGGUGCCCCAAAGCCAAGACAUGUACAAUCAUACUGAGAGGGGGUGCAGAGCAAUUCAUGGAGGAGACAGAGCGCUCUCUGCAUGACGCCAUCAUGAUUGUGCGGCGAGCAAUCAAGAAUGACUCUGUGGUAGCUGGAGGAGGGGCCAUUGAGAUGGAGCUUUCCAAGUAUCUUCGUGAUUAUUCCAGGACAAUCCCGGGAAAGCAACAGCUUCUGAUUGGCUCCUAUGCCAAGGCUCUGGAGAUUAUCCCAAGACAACUAUGUGACAAUGCUGGCUUUGAUGCCACGAACAUCCUGAACAAGCUAAGAGCUAAACACGCCCAGGGUGGAAUGUGGUACGGGGUGGAUGUCAACAAUGAAGACAUAGCAGAUAACUUUGAUGCUUGCGUUUGGGAGCCAGCAAUUGUAAGAAUUAAUGCAUUAACAGCAGCUUCAGAAGCAGCCUGUCUCAUACUGUCUGUGGAUGAAACCAUCAAAAACCCAAGAUCCACUGCAGACGCCCCGCCAGCUGGUCGCGGCAGAGGAAGGCCUCAUCACCAUUGAAACCGCAAAACUGGUUAUUUAAUCAGUCCAUUUCACUUCAGUCCCGGUAAAGGAAAAACUGUUGGUGCAGUUCUUCAUUGAGCUCAGUGAUCUAUCCACUGGCACAGGGUUACAUUGGCCUCCUAACAGCUUGCUUUAUUGUCUUUUUGAAUGCUUACUGUGUGGUCAACAAAAGAAAUAUUACAUUAGAUGGUCAGAACUGGGAUCUCCGUUCUAGUAACAUGUAUGUUGCAGCACAUAUAAUUUAGAGACUUCUCGUCCUAAUACAAGUCUUGCCCUUUUUUUGUAUGUCCUCCAAUACACCUCCAAAGCGGAGCAUAAAAUCUAACUGAGCAUUCUUCACCAUCAAUGUCCACUUAACUUUUUCUUUUUGUUAUCCUCUCAGUUGGUUGUGUACCUCCCUGGACGAAUGUGGCCAUUUUGAUACUCUAUUUAUUUUCCUUGAAACAAACCAUAAUUAAAUGCACUUCAAUGAA